GCAGCCGGGGGCCCGCGCCCCGCGCCCCCCAGACAUGGUGGGCCACCUGCAUCUGCAGGGCAUGGAGGACGGCCCCAAGGAGCAGGGCCGGGAGGGCUUGCUGGACAGCCCCGACUCCGGGCUGCCCCCCAGCCCCAGCCCCAGCCCGCCCUUCUACUCGCUGGCGCCUGGCAUCCUGGACGCGCGCGCGGGGGGCGCCGGCGCCUCCUCGGAGCCCCUGGGACCCAGCGAGGCCAGAGCGCUGCCCUCCCUCCUCCCAACGCCGCCGGCGCCCGAGAUGAGAGCCCGGCUGCUGCCCGUGUGCUUUGGGGAGAGCAUCAAGGUGGACCCGGAACCCUCGCAUGAAAUCCGCUGCAACUCCGAGGUCAAGUACGCCUCGGAGCGGCACUUCCGGGACAAGGUCUUCUACGCGCCGGUGCCCACUGUCACAGCCUACAGCGAGACGAUCGUGGCGGCGCCCAACUGCACGUGGCGCAACUACCGCAGCCAGCUGACCCUGGAGCCGCGCCCGCGCGCCCUGCGCUUCCGCAGCACCACCAUCAUCUUCCCCAAGCACGCGUGCCGCUCCUUCCGGACCACCCUGCACUGCAGCCUGGGCCGGCCCCGCCGCUGGUUCACCUCCAGCGUGCAGCUGCAGCUGUGCCAGGACCCCGGGCCCGGCCUCCCGCGCCCCGCCGGGCCCUAGCGCGGCCGGUCCCGGGCAGUGGACGGGCCGGGAGGGCGUGAUGGGCUUGGCCCGGCGCCUGGGCAGGGCCGGGGAGGCCGCAGCGGGGACUGAGGCGGUCCCUGGCCCCCUGCCCUGCCCCACAGGCUGGGCCGUGAGAGCCCCUGUUCCACGUGGAGGACCCAGUGAAUGCGCCUGUGGGGGCACGCGCAGCUCUAGGCAGGGCCCCCUCAGGGCAGCGAGAGAAGAGAGUCCGCGGGCUGCCCUUGGAGCAGAGAACAGCCCCGUCCGGCCGGGGGUGCCCACCGCAGCCCCCCGUGGGUCCAGGCUGGUGGCCGAGGCUGGGUGAGGGGAGAGGGUGCUGUCCUGCCAUGGAGCGUUUGCAAAGCGGGCCUUUCGCACGUGCACAGCUUGUGCCCGCGAGGCCCGGCCCAGGCGACGCUGAUCCCAGGGCUGGGGGGGUGGUGGGGGCCGAGGGAGGUGGCCUGGGAGGUACCUUGAGCCAUAGCCGUGCCAGUGUCCUUGGCAUCCAGAACCUCACCCCGGGUGGCCCCAGCCGAAACUGUCCACGCACGGCUUUCAGGACAUCAGAGCCAACCGUCGCUACUACCUGUGUGUGCCCCAUCUGGACUCGGGGUCUGAGUACAGCUGUUGGCUUAGGGACACCGUGGAAGCCACCUGUGCAAGAUUGAGUCUAUGUGACAACGUGUCACCCCCUCCCCCAGCACUGCGGGUUCCCCCUUGCCUGCCUGACACGGGGGAGGAAGACCGCGCAGGGGACAGGCCAGACGGGCUGGGCACACACAGGAACACCCUGGAGCUCUGCUGUGGCGAUGCCCCUCUGAGCCCUCCUCCCUCGCAGACCCCAGUGCCCCCGGCCGUGGGUGGCGGCUCCUGCCACCCCUCAGGGGUGGGGAAGGCCCUGGGGACUCCGGCUCCUCCGUGGGACUCAGCUCACGGCCCAAAGGGGCAAAGUGACUGAUAUAUUUUUAUAUAUCCACACAGUGCGUUUUCUCUCCAGGGAUGCUUUCUGAUUAGCAAAUAACUUAAGAAAUUGAUUAUCUUAAUAAAAUGUGCAAA